CUCCCAACUCCACACCUGAGUCGGCAAAGGCAGAUCCGUGCCCCUCACAAAUCAAGGCAGCUGGGCUAAAAUCCUAAGGGAGCCGUGUGGCCUGCAGCAGGCCUUGGCAGGCCUUGCAUGCGCCGGACUCCUUAGAUGCUGGGACACCUGGGCAGGCUGUGCAUGAAGGAGUCGAGCGAAGUGCUGCGGGGCCAAAUGCAGUGCAUGAUGCGGACGCUGCAUGAUCUGAAGAGGGCGCAAGACCGAGAGUUCCGCCUGGAGCCCCAAGAGCUGCGGCCACCCUGUGCCGUGCCUUCCGCAAAGCAGUGCACCAGCCCCCGGGUCUCAGCGAUUUCAGAAGCAGACUCUGCCUGCUGCCUGGAGGGGGCCGUGGAGGAGGAGCCUGCCUUUUCUCCCCCCAGCAGUGAGCGGAGCCUGGAGUUUGAUUCGGGCUACUCUGAGGUGUCUGGGAGCAGCUGGCGAGAUGAAGAGGGACCCCCACCCCUGCGAGCCAGUAAGCUUUCCUCGGGGGGCUUUCUGCGCCGCCGAGUGCCCACCAGGAGGCCCCGGCCCAAGUCUGCUUCCGACGCCUGCUUGGAGCGGUGGCGGGACGUCGAACCAGCGGAUGCGAGCGACUGGACCGUGUCCCUUUUGUCACAGAGCCGCAACCGGCAGCCGCUGGUGCUGGGGGACAACUGCUUUGCCGAUUUGGUUGAGAACUGGAUGGAUUUGCCCGAAGAGAGCGGGGAGCGCGGCCGGCUGCAACGCUGGCUGGCCAAACCCCACGGCUUCCUGCUGAACCUCUCAGGCAACGUGCGCCGCAGGCUGGCUGGCAUCUCGCGUGCAGAGCGUGCCAAGCAGGACCCGGAUGGCACCAAGCGUUUCUCUUGCCCUGCAGGCCUGGACGGACGGCCCUCCUUCCCCUACUUCCACCAGUCCCACGCCAACAUCAGUGAGCUGUCCACAGACUGCAGCAGCUUUGCUGCCCUCAUGAACUGCCGAAGUCGGCAGCCCAUCAUUUGCAAUGACGUGAUUGGCUACAUCUAGCCUUGACUUUUUUUAAUGCUCUUUUUCUAA